GUUACACCAUCCACGCGUUCUGGUUCCCGGCAUCUAAUUAGACAGGUAGAUGCGUAGCAGAAAGGGGAAGGAACUCCAGACUACAUCCACGCAUGCUUCACUUUUACCUCCAGGUCAACGACAACGUAUGUUUUUAAAAUCGAUAAUACUUACGCACUUACCUAGUGUCAAAUCAGGAAUACAGUUUGCCGACACUUUGAGGACACAUUCAGUUGCAAUGUAAAUGAUGGCAGAAGGCCAAGGAGAUAAAAACGAGCCCUAUCGUAGAAUAGCCAAGGCUUUAGCUAAGAUCAUAAAAGACAUAACCCCGCAACAAGACCUUGCUGAUCUGAAGUAUCACAGAUUAAAUGCGUCCGAAGAAGAAAUUGUGGAACAACUACGGCGUUACGGAGAUUCUGUGUCUGAAGAUGAAAAUGAGAGUGUCUAUGCAUCAAUUUCGUCUAUAUUCAAGAAAGCAGAGGUUACAUCUUUUUCAAAGAAAACUAAGCUUCUUUUGUUAGCAUUUCAAAAUUAUCACCAACUUCAUUUGGUUGGUCGAAUUGUUUCUGAAAUGCUUAUCGGCACAGAUCAUAAAAAAUGGCCAACAGUGAUAGGACUUGACGAUUUGGAUGGGAGUGCAUUUGUACUGUAUGCAAAGGCUUUGGUUAAAGGAUAUGAAUUCCGUCGUAGGAUACGACUGAUGGUAGUUGGCAUUCAGUCAGUCGGCAAAACAUUACUUGUUAAUAAUUUAGUUGACAAUAUCAAUGCAUCUCAAGAUGGAGAAAUUCCCGACGCAGAACAUUCACAAAGUACAGAAGGAAUCGAUGUGCAUAUUUGUAAGUCUGAUACCAGCAAUAAGUGGAUAAAAGUAGAUAGGUCAGAAAUGUUUGGGUUUGCGGAUAGAAUUAGGAACGCAAUGUUCGACAAACCUUCUGACGAGGAAGGCAAUGCACCAGCAGGAGAAGUUACACAGGUUGAAUUAAAAGAGAAGUUACAAUCUCAACAUGAUGGGAAUAUCAUAAAAGUGAUUCUGGAUGAAUUGGCAAAUAAACUUCCAACAUUGGACACUCCAGCAAACAGCAACGAGACGUUUGUUUCAAUUUGGGAUUUCGCGGGACAGAAUCUUUACUAUUCGUCCCAUCACUUUUUCUUAAACAACCGAUGUAUUUAUUUACUUCUCAUGGACAUGACUAAAGAUCUGAAUAAUAGAGUUGAAAAGGGAUAUUCACAGUCUGGCUUGUUUCACCAAGACUUCACGUAUUUAGAUGCUUUUAGAUUUUGGCUCAAUUCCAUACAUAUGUACUGUUCAACUGAGGCUCAAAAUAAUAGAGUUCAACCAACAGUCAUUUUGAUUGGAACUCACAAAGAUCUGAUGACAUGUUGUGAGGAACAGAAAGAAGAAAAAAUGGAAGCGGUCUUUGAAAAGGCAUUGGAGUCCUUUAUAGAUACACCAAUUUUGCAACAUGUUCAUGACAAGAAAUUCCUGGUAAAUAACCUUGAGCCUGAAGACCCAGUUUACCAUCAAAUAAGGGAUGAAGUGCAACAGAUUGCAGAAAAGCAACCUUACUGGAAUGAAAAAUACCCCACAAGCUUUGUACAACUCGAAAAGUCAUUAGACUCCAUGCGAGAAAAUCGCAAAGAGAUCGUAACGUUUAAUGAAAUACAAAAAGCUAACCAAGAAAAUGUUAUGCCAGUUGACGAGGAUCAACUACGGCUCUUUCUUCAGCUGGAACAUAUGUUUGGAAAUGUUCUUUAUUUUAAUACAGAUGAGUUGAAAGACAACAUUGUCAUUUCUCCACAGUGGAUUAUUGACGCGUUUAAGUGCUUUAUUACACACAGGCAUGGGAAAUCGGAUAAUACGGCACUUCGAAAGGAGUACAGGGAGUUAGCUAUCAUAAAGCCGAAGCUUUUGGAAGAAAUUAUUGAACGGAGCCCGAAAAACGUUCGAGCACACGGGGAUAUAGUAGUGAAGUACAUGGAACACCUCAACAUCUUGGCCAAACCAGUACUGAUAGAAAUGUAUGAAGACAAUGAAGAGGAAAAGUCAAGAUAUGCUUCUGAGAAGGGAGAAUUCGAUGUCAAUUUAGACAGAGACAAACUCAAACUUGUCCCCUAUAAUGUAAAAAUGUUAGAUUUUUACAUUGUACCUUGUCAGCUUAAAGCUGUGCCGGAUAAAAUUACAUUGGGUGAGUUAAAGAAUCCGAGCAACUGGCUCACAACUCCAGCACUAUGUUUUGUUUUCAACGACAAAUUUAUGCCUCCAGCUGUCUUUCACCGACUUCUUGCAGCUAGUAUUCGUACUUGGGAAAUUGCCAAAUACAGUACGGACGCAAAUGAGCAGACACUGCUGUUUAACGGAAUAGGAGUGUUCAAGACAUCAGCCCUCUCGCAGUUAAGGCUCUGGUAUCAAGAUCACAACAUUUACUUUAGAAUUGCUUUCAUGACCAGCCAAGUUGACUCGGAGAAAGCAAUAGAUACCUUCACCUGUCAAACAGUUCGAAGAACAUUAAACAAACAUCUCAGGGCUAUUCUUGGACUCUUGCCGCGUUCACGAUCAGCUAAAGGAGUCUUACCCUUUGAAGAGUACGUGCAAUGUCCAAAGUUGGACACGCACAACCAUGGCCUGUUUAGGGUAAAUGAUUUCAUCAUCGAAGACGAAAAGACAUGCAGUGACCACCAUGCACUUGGCGAGGCGCAUGUUCUCACAAAAGCGGAUGUGCUUGGUAGUUGGUACAAGGAUGCAUUGUAAUUUAUGAGAAAGUUAAAGGAACAAGACGAAGUAGUAGAAUUAGACCGAAUGCCAGAAGAUAGUGAACUGUAUGUUAUUGCUAGGAAGCUUGCAAGCAUCAACGCCAUCUGGCUUCUUGGCGUUGAGCUUGGUAUACCACAACCAACAAUGGAAACGUUACAAUGUGACCAUAGUAGGGAAUCGAGGGACGUGUUUGUUUACCACAUGCUGUACGAGUGGAAAUAAAGAAGCCGAAAACCGUA